CGGACCGGAAUUUCGCGGCCGCGGAAUUCCUGUAGGACAGUUAUGUCAAUAACUGCAAUUUGACAAUCAAUAACCUACAGAAAUUUGACCCGACCUGGACGUUUGUUUACAAAUAUUGAGCAACGCUGUUACUCGAGUCGAACCUAAUUUACUCUCAACUCACUUCCGAAUUAUUAUAAGCUAACAAUGUUUCGUGCAAAAAGAGCAGCUGCAUUACGAUGGACAAGUGCGUGGGCAAAUUUCAUUCGUUUGCAUACGAUGUCGCUUCAGCAAGCUCCGCCAGCUAGAGAAUGGAUGCGCCCAAUGCUUCGCGAAAGGGAUGAGCAAGCGAGUCGGUUGCUAGCGUCUAUUUUGGAAGAAGAAUUGGAUAAUACCAUAAUUAAUUUUAUGAGAUUGUCUAGAAACGAUUUCGAUUACCUUCUUAAGCAAAUCGGUCCAAAGAUUCAAAGAAUGGAUACGAAUAUGCGUUUAAGUUUGUCAGCCAAAGACAAGCUUAUAAUUACCUUGCGGUAUUUGGCUACAGGAGACUCAUACAAAACCCUUGAAUACGCCUUCCGGAUUUCAGCACAGGCAAUCGGUCAAUUUGUACCGCAAGUGUGUGACUGUCUUGUGGAAGUCCUUCGAGAGCAGGUAAAGUUACCCACAUGCUCCGACGAAUGGAAACGAAUCGCGCAAGGCUUUCAAGACAAAUGGAAUUUUCCACAUGCAAUCGGAGCAAUUGAUGGAAAACACGUUAUGAUAAAGUCUCCUCCACAUAGUGGAACCGACUAUUUUAAUUACAGAAGGCAUUUUAGCAUCGUUCUGCUGGGUGUAGUUGAUGCCAACUGUAAUUUUAUGUAUGCAGACAUUGGCGCAAAAGGUCGAAUAUCUGAUGGAGGGGUUUUUAAAAACUCAAUGCUUCACAAAAAGCUUGAAAGAAAUGAAUUGGGAAUACCAAGCCCUGCACCAUUGUACCAAACAUCUCGCAUCCUCGUCCCCUAUAUGCUUUUAGGCGACAAAGCCUUUCCUCUAACAAAAUACUGCCUUAGGCCAUUCAGUGGCUUCACGGAAAGAGGAUCGGUAGAGCGUAAUUUUAAUCUUCGUCAUUCAACUGCCAGGCGGUCUGUAGAAAUGGCUUUCGGGAUACUCUGUGGAAGGUUUCGAGUGUUAAGAAAGCCUAUCGAACUGCGUCAGGAAAAUGCGAAAAAAGUUAUCUUGGCUUCUAUUUAUUUACAUAAUUUCAUAAGAAGAGAUGAGGAUGUACGGUGUCAGGAUAACCGUCAAUUUCUUUCCAAUGAAGAAGAGGAAAUAAAUAACAUGCGUGCACUCGAAACAAACAGGUCGCGACCUAAUUUGAAUAUGUUGCAAAUUCGGAUGCAUAUUGCAAACUAUUUACAAGAAAAUUGAAUUCAACAAUUAAUUUUUAUAAUGAAAUUUUUAAUAAUCAUACAAUUGAAUUUGAAUAAAGAGAUACUACUAAUUGGCUAUAAAAGAGUGAUUGCCUUUUAACAUGUUUUUUAAUAUGUAAAAUAAAAAUAUAACUCAAACCAUA